UUUUUUUCAUAAAGAAAAUAAGAAGAAGAGAAAGAGGAAAAAAGACGAAAUAAUAUAUAAUAAUAGAAUAUUAUUUAUACUGUGAUAUAUAGCCAAGCAUUGUUUUGUGUCUGCAAACAAGUAAAUUGAGCAAACGAAGCAACAGUAAUCGAGCAAGAGAACGAGAAAGAAACAAAGCCAAUUGCAAUACACAACAACAUCAGCAACAGCAAAGUCAGCAGCCAAAAGCAGAAGCAGCAUUCAUUUUACAAUGCCACUGUUUGGUAAAUCACAGAAGACGCCAGUCGAAUUGGUAAAGUCGCUAAAGGAGGCGAUAAACGCACUGGAGGCGGGCGACCGGAAGGUGGAGAAGGCCCAGGAGGAUGUCAGCAAAAAUCUGGUGUCAAUCAAGAACAUGCUGUAUGGUAGCAGCGAUGCGGAACCACCAGCGGAUUAUGUGGUUGCCCAGCUGUCGCAGGAGCUGUAUAACAGCAAUCUGCUGCUGCUGCUGAUACAGAAUCUGCAUCGCAUCGACUUUGAGGGUAAGAAGCAUGUGGCGCUCAUAUUUAACAAUGUGCUGCGACGACAGAUUGGCACACGAUCGCCCACAGUGGAAUACAUAUGCACGAAACCGGAAAUUCUGUUUACACUGAUGGCCGGCUACGAGGAUGCACAUCCGGAGAUCGCACUCAACUCGGGGACAAUGCUGCGCGAGUGUGCACGAUAUGAGGCGCUGGCCAAGAUCAUGCUGCAUUCGGAUGAGUUCUUCAAGUUCUUCCGUUACGUGGAAGUGUCCACCUUUGACAUCGCCUCGGAUGCCUUCUCCACCUUUAAGGAGCUGCUGACACGCCAUAAGCUGUUAUGUGCCGAAUUCCUGGACGCCAACUAUGACAAGUUCUUCUCGCAGCAUUACCAGCGACUGUUGAACUCGGAGAACUAUGUGACACGACGUCAGAGUCUGAAGCUGCUCGGGGAACUGCUGCUGGACAGGCACAACUUUACCGUAAUGACACGAUAUAUAUCAGAGCCGGAGAACCUAAAGCUGAUGAUGAACAUGCUGAAGGAGCGAUCACGCAACAUACAAUUCGAGGCGUUUCAUGUCUUCAAAGUGUUUGUAGCGAAUCCGAACAAACCGAAACCGAUCCUAGACAUCCUGCUGCGCAACCAAACGAAACUCGUCGACUUUCUCACCAGUUUCCAUACGGAUCGAUCCGAGGAUGAGCAGUUCAACGAUGAGAAGGCCUAUCUGAUCAAGCAGAUAAGGGAGCUGAAACCGCUGCCCGAGGCUUAGUGGGCAGCGGCAGCGGCGUCAACGUCGGCGACAGUGCUGGCAAUGUCGAGGGCGAUAACGAGAACGAUGACGAUAGCGAAAACGAAGACGAAAGCAGGAAAAUGGACAAAGGACAAUGGAUACAAUACAAUAAUAUGUGUUGGCAGGGAGUGGGUUAAACAAUUGCAGGACAUAAUAAUACACGUAUUUAAUAACAACAACAGACGAUGACAAUGAAGACGAUGACGACGACGAGGACAGGCACUUGUGAGUAACUAAACAAUAAUUUAGACAAAGCAAACAACAAAAUGAUAACGAUAAAUAACGAUAAUGCAAAAUACAUAAGUAGUAACAACAACAAGUACACAUAUUAUGAGUACACAUUUAUUAUAAUGUAUGUAUGGAAUAGCGUAAAGGAAUAAUUGCAGACGCAGAAUAUUUUGCGAAUUUAACUAUAUUAUAAUAACUAAACAAAAUGAAAACGAAAACAAAAUAUCAAAACUCACUCACACACACACACAUACACACACCUUUAUUUACUUAUUUCCCAAUUUCGAUGCAGCUUCGUCUAGUUCGCUUUUAAAAAUGUUCAAGAGUUCGACUUGUUGUUGUUGUUGUUGUGGUUCCAGAUCGAGAUCCUCGUUCGCUUAUAGACAGAGACAUAUAGACCUAUGUAUGUAUGUACGUACACCUUCCUGUUACUACUACUUUUCGUAAAAGGUUUUUUUGUUUAAAUUAAUUUCUUCUUUUGCCUAUUUAAAUAGUUGUUGUAAUGAAAUUUAGCGUUUUUGAAACGAAAAUCCCCAGGACAAUGAAGAUAAUAUGAGUUUUGACUUACAAUUUAGACAUUAAACAUUUCAAAUGUGCGCCGAAAUUAACAAUUACGGUAAAUUAUUAUUAUUAAAUAUAUAUUAUAUGUAUGAAAACAAUUGUAAUUGCACACAAAAUGUUCAUUCAAAAUACUGCAUAAUAAUUAUAUACAUAUAUAGUUAUAAUUGAGAAGAGAAAGCAUUCAACAAACACACUCCACCCACACAAACAUCCAUACGUACAUAGUUAAAAAACAAAAAGAAAAGGGAAGUAAAAACAACAACAUUACGAGCAGCAUAAUAAAAUAUCUGAUUAUUAUAAUUUAUAUUAUUCCCAAAAUUAAAGAUAACAGCCAAACAAAA